AUGGUUACAAUGAAUUCAUCUGAGAAGGCGGCGCAAAAAGCAUGUCAGCAGGGACCAUCCAAGGAUACAACAAAAUGCUCAAAGGAUGAAAAAGAUAAAGAAAAAGAAAAAGAUAAGAAAGAAAAAGAUAAAGAUAACAUGGUUGCUAAUCUUCCACCGAGCGUUCAGGCCCUGAUGUCGACUAUACCUUCUCCUGAAGAGUCACCCAACUAUCUUGUCUAUAAAAAGAUGGAAGCUAUCAUAGAGAAGAUGCAAGAUGAGACUUCUGGCGUUCCAGUAAGAACGGUCAAGAGCUUUAUGACUAAAAUACCAUCUGUGUUCACGGGAGCCGACCUAGUAGCUUGGCUGACAAGACAUCUGAACCUAGAGGAAGGUUGGGAGGCGUUGCAUAUAGCGCAUCUGUUAGCGGCGCAUGGCUAUCUAUUCCCUAUAGAUGACCAUAACUUAACUGUUAAGAAUGAUAACACAUAUUACAGAUUCCAAACACCAUAUUUCUGGCCAUCAAAUCAAUGGGAGCCGGAGAAUACGGACUAUGCUGUAUACCUCUGUAAGCGGACCAUGCAGAACAAGGCCCGUCUGGAGCUGGCCGACUACGAGGCGGAGUCACUGGCGCGGCUACAGAAGAUGUUCAGCAGGAAGUGGGAGUUCAUCUUCAUGCAGGCUGAGGCUCAGAGCAAGGUGGAUAAGAAACGUGAUAAAUUGGAGCGGAAGGUGUUGGACAGUCAAGAACGAGCCUUCUGGGAUGUGCACAGACCUAUGCCCGGUUGUGUAAAUACAACGGAAAUGGACCCAAAGAAAAUGUCUCGAGUUAACGCAUUGAAGGCAAAGAGACUGAGGCAGUGUCAGGAGUUGCUACAACAUAACGUAAAGAACAACCCUAUAGUCACUAUAACAAACGCUCAAGAAAGUGAAGAAGCUAUACAGAGAAGUUCAGAAAACUUACUUAAAGAGAACGGUGAAAGCUCGAAUCAAGCUAAGCUAGAGCGCGAUAAGUGUUUAGAAGAACAAAUAGAAGCUGCUCGCAGACAGCUUGGAAUAUUAAAAGCUAGAUUAGAAAGACGGAACGUAAGGGUUAGCAAGGUCGCUGAUAUGUUCAUAGCAUACUGUUCCCAGUAUGUAGAGUACGAUGCCCUCCUCACUCCUCCGGAGUGGCCCAAUCCAUGGAUUAGUGACACUACCGAGCUGUGGGACCAGGAGAAACAAUGUAAGGAGCCCCUCCCCCUUCGCCGGGUUCGCCGCUGGUCGUUCAGUCUCCGCGAACUGCUCCGGGACGCGCCGGGCAGAGAACACUUCGCUAAGUUCCUAAGCAAGGAGUUCAGCGGAGAGAAUCUAAAAUUCUGGUUGGCCGUUCAAGAGUUGAAAUCACUCCCCAUACGUCGCGUUUCCUCUCGCGCUAAGGAGAUAUGGAAGGAAUUCCUCGCAUCUGACGCUCCCUCCCCCGUUAAUAUAGACGCGGCCAGCAGGGAAUUAACCCGAGUGAGAGUGGAAUCAGGUAUAGCUGAUAGAUACUGCUUCGAUCAAGCACAGGCUCACGUAUAUCACCUCAUGAAAUCAGACAGCUACUCGAGGUACUUGCGAUCAGAUAUGUAUAAGGACUACCUCAACGGUUCUAAGAAGAAGACAUCAGUGAAGGGCAUCAGAUCCAUAGUGUCAUUCACCGGACGCAAGGAAACCGGGAAUUGA